AUGGGCUUCGGUGAUUUUGACACGAUUUGCGCCAAAGCGGCGCUCCCGCUGUGCUCCUUGGUGGGCCCGGCGUCCUCAAUAUCUGGCGACACCGGCAUCAUCCCCAACUGUUAUGCUCGCAACAUCGAACUGGCCAAUACGAUCAUCUUCGAGGGCGCAGCGUCCUUCCUUCAUAUCAUCGCGCUCGCCAUGACGGUGAUUAUGAUCCUACAUAUCAGGUCUAAAUUUACUGCUGUUGGCCGCAAGGAAAUCAUCACGUUUUUUUACAUCUUCAUGCUCCUGACUGUGUGCUCCCUGGUGAUCGACGCCGGUGUUGUACCGCCGAGAAGCGGCCCUUUCCCGUAUUUCGUCGCCGUUCAGAACGGAUUGGCCUCGGCCCUAUGCACGUCUUUACUUGUCAACGGCUUUGUGGGGUUCCAGCUAUACGAAGAUGGAACCGCGUUGUCCGUGUGGCUUAUUCGACUGACAUCUGCGAUCAUGUUCGCAGUCUCGUUUCUGGUGUCCCUCUUGACUUUUAAGUCCUGGGGAGGCCUCAGUCCCACCAACACUGUCGGUAUGUUUGUGGUUCUGUACAUCCUGAACGCAAUUUGCAUUGCCGUGUACCUCGUCAUGCAACUCUUGUUAGUGAUGAACACCCUCGAAGACCGCUGGCCGCUGGGUCAUAUCUGUUUCGGUCUGCUUGUCUUCAUCUGCGGCCAGGUGCUUCUCUACGGAUUCGGCGACACCAUUUGCGACAACGUCCAGCAUUACUUGGAUGGACUUUUCUUUGCUACAUUCUGUAAUCUUCUCGCUGUGAUGAUGGUCUACAAGUUUUGGGAUUACAUCACAAAAGAAGACCUUGAGUUCUCUGUCGGCAUCAAGCCUAAUACCUGGGAGGUCAAAGAGCUUCUGCCUGAGGAGGACCGUCGCGCAGCAGGCUACCAAGACACCAACUCGGAGUACGCCGGCAGCAUGUACCACCACCGUGCAUCGACUUAUAAUGCACAUAACUAUUAA